UCCGUUUCCACUCUGCGCUUGCGUCAGCGUCGUCUGGGUCUCCCUCUGGGAUCUCAGGCUGUGAUGGCGGAGGUGGACGACGCCGACAUCAUGGUGAACUUCCAGGGUGAUUUCCUAAAAAGCGGCAGGAAAAGCUGUCGCUACCCGUACUGCAUUGUCUGGACGCCCAUUCCGAUUUUAUCGUGGGUGCUGCCCUUCAUCGGUCACAUGGGCAUCUGCACCUCUUCAGGGGUCAUACGAGACUUUGCGGGAUCUUACUUCGUCUCGGAGGACAACAUGGGGUUUGGUCGACCCACAAAGUACUGGAGGCUCGAUGUGGAUAAAGUCUGUGGCAACGGUGCGGCAACGUGGGACCAAGCAGUGCACGAUGCAUCUGAGGAAUACAAAUGCAGGCCGCACAACCUGUGCAUGGAUAACUGUCAUUCCCACGUUGCCAUGGCUUUAAACCUGAUGCGGUAUGACAACAGCUCAUCCUGGAACAUGGUGAACCUCUGUGUGCUGUCCUUCAUUCAUGGGAAGCAUGUGAGCUGGGCAGCGGUCCUGAAGACCUGGCUCCCCUUCAUCAUGCUCUGUGGGGUCCUCGCCACGUUCAUCCUGACUCUGAACCUACAGUAAUGCAGCGAGCGGCACCAGGAGAGGGCUUUAGUGAUGCUGGUGCACACAGUCACUGACAUGAGUGGUGUGUGUUUUGAUGGGACGUUUGCAAAAUUAUCAAAUGGAACGACUCGUUAUGUUUAAUUUAACAAGCUUACUUGUUGUUUUUAAAGGAUUUGUAUCAUUGUUUUUGUAGCUUUACCUUAUCAUUUGUAUCCAGUAUUGCAGUUCCCAAUAGCUGUAUUAAAUCACGUGUGCAAUAUCAAGAAAUAUAUGAAACAACAUAAAAGGGGGGGAGGGGAAGAAAGGCACAGUUUUGCUCAGUACGCAGCCAAAGGUUGCAGAAGAGUGAUAAUUUAAGCCCGAAUUACCAAACUCUGGCAUCAGCGCAUUGCGCAAUGUUCACCUAGUACAAAAGCAGCGAUAGCAAAAUUAGCAGCAAGAAUUUGAGAUCAUAAAGUGAAGAAGUACAUAGGAAUUUAUCCAUUGAGCUGUGGGAAGUCAGGCGAAAAUUUUCUCUACAGUAGUGAAUGAAAGCUAGUGAUAGAAACUGUAAUUUGAAACUAACAUUCUGGCAGCAUUCAGACAAAUGUCAUUUCCACUUCGGUUCUGUGCAACAUUGUUUCUUGGAUGUGCACAGGCAUCCAUCCGCAUGUUCCUCCAAACAGCUCACCAGAAUAGUCUACUUUAUCUUAUCAACCCAUACAGUGGUUGUGCACACCUCGCCUUUAUCCAUAUAGUCAGCUUGUGUUUGCUAUAUCACCUUAAUAUAGUUGAGAAAACAUUACUCUGAGGACAGCAUCUGUCUGCAGUUAUUUAGCUCCCAACGAAAUGUUUAUCCCUAAAAGUCACUUCAAAUUAUUACUAAUGGAUGGAUGUGAAAAUGCUGAUCUAUAACCAAGACUGCAGUCAAGCACUCUUGUGUAGAGACACGAGUGAAGUCAAUAUCACGAGCAAAAUGCAGGGAAAACGUUUGGAGAGAUUGGUCACAGAUUAAUCUGUGGACUUUAGCACAGAUUUUGACAACAGAUACAUAAAAAAAACAAUGACUAAGAUCUAAAGAUAUAAAGGGCAUUAUAUCUAAAACCAGUUAUUAUUAUGACGAGCAAUGGCCAAUUAAAAAAAGAGUUUUUUUUUAACCUUUUUACCGGUUUUUUUACCUGAUAAACUUUAUGCUGACAAACAGCACCCAGAGUCGUCUGGGUUUUUCCCCCCUACUCAAGACAUCUGUCUCUAAGCCUUGGCAUGAACGGUGCUGUGUGCCCAUCCCUGAUCUCUGGGUUGAAAUCAGAUCCCCAAUAUUUCAUAAUCCUGGGCCAAACAGUGUUUCCAGUGGAGAGACUGUUUUUGGUUGAAAUGUAUCUUUUUAUACUUGUUUACUUCCAACCGUCUUUACUACACAGAUCAUCUCUACAGCAAAUGUGCUCACUCUGUCCUUUUUUGUGUGAUGCCAAUAAGAAUUUACAUAUUCAAUCAAUAUAUUUCUGUUAAUUUUUUAAUGACGAAAUCAGUCCUUGUCCUUAGUACAGUAGUAAUCCAGAUAGAAAAUACACUGUCGUUCAUAAAUACUCACCUCCUAUUUUUAGGAGGGGCGUGGCUUCAGAUGCUUUUUUGUUCUCAAAAAGUGCUUUCGAAAUCCUUCAUCUGCUAUGAAAAGCUGGUUAUGAUUUAUUUAAGUCUCAUAUUUUCAAUAUUUAUGGAUCUUAUCUAGUUCUAAAAUGUGAUAUUUUCCCUUUAUGUAACAAAGUUUUGUUUUGUUUUAGUAACGGUGCAAUACAGGGUCCGCAAAUCUUU